AUGAGGAGAGAGGAGGCAGGGACUGUCCAAAGACAAUGUGAGAAACAAGUGGAGAAGCACUGUGAGCAUUUUCCUGGCUUGCAGGUCUGGAUGAGUAACACCAAGGAGUUCCCUUUCCUGGGUCCUGCUCUGCAGAAGCGAGCAGUGAAUGUAAAGCACAUGAAGCAAUGGAAGAACAAGGUGGAGCCAAAGGAGAAGAAGCAGAAGCAGAAACACAAGCACAAGCACAUGGAUGCGUGGAAACAACCACAGCAGGAAGAUGUCAAGGACCCAGACUUGCUGCAGCAGUGCUGGGGGCCUGGCUGCGUGUAUCCCACCCGGCCUGGCUCCAAGUACUGCUCAGAUGACUGUGGCAUGAAGCUGGCAGCUGACCGCAUCUAUGAGAUCCUGCCACAGCGUAUCCAGCAGUGGCAGAAGAGUCCCUGCAUUGCUGAGGAGCAUGGCAAGAAAAUGCUCGAGCGCAUCCACCGUGAGCAGCAGGAUGCCCACACCCGCCUGAAGGACAUGGAGUGCCAUUUCCAUGAACUUGAGGCCAUCAUCCUGCGCGGCAAGCAGCAAGCUGUGUGCCAGGAUGAGGAGAGCAACAAAGGGGACAGGAAAAACACUGAUCUGAAGAUCUUCUGUGUCUCCUGUGGGCAACCCAUCAGUACACGCAUCGCCCUGCGCCACAUGGAGCACUGCUUCUCCAAGUAUGAGUGCCAGUUGUCCUUUGGGUCUAUGUAUCCCACGUGCGUCGAGGGGGCCACGCGGCUCUUCUGUGACGUCUACAACCCACAGACCCGGACCUACUGUAAGCGGCUCCAGGUGCUGUGCCCUGAGCACUCACAAGACCCCAAGGUAUCAAAUGAUGAGGUGUGUGGUUGCCCACUAGUGCACAAUGUCUUUGAGCUCACGGGUGAUUUCUGUCACCUCCCCAAAUGCCUGUGCAACCGCCACUACUGCUGGGAAAAGCUGUGGCGUGCUGAAGUGGACCUGGAGCGUGUGCGUGCGUUGCACAAGCUGGAGUUGCUGCUUGAGCAGGAGCACAAGGUUCACACGGCUAUGACGAACCGGGCGGGACUGCUGGCCCUGAUGCUUCAUGAAACAAUCCAGCACGACCCGCACACUACUGACCUGCGCACCAAUGUAGACAGCUGA